GCCUGGCCCGGCCCCUUCUCUAAGGAAGCGCAUUUCCUGCCUCCCCGGGCCAGGCUGGAUGAGCCGGGAGCUCCCCACCGCUGCCGGUCAUACCCCAGCUUCCAGCCGCAUCCCCAGGCCGGGACUCCUGCCGCAGCUGCCGUCCGCAGGAGCCCAGCACCCCCUCCCCGCUCAUCCUUCGGCCAGCGACCCCCGGCCCGGCCCUGCGCCCCCGUGCCCACUUCUCCUGACCUCUCGGCCGCCACCUCAGAAGGCUGGAGCAGGGACGCCGUCGCUCCGGCUGCCUGUUCCCCUUGGGUCCCCGCUCGCGCCCACGCCGGCCCCCACGCCCGCCCGCAGCCCUGCCCCUGGACACCGGAUAAGGCCCAGCGCACAGACCCCCUGGUGGACAGCAUGGACCGCCGCACGCUUCCCCUGGUCGUUGCCCUACUGCUGGCCGUCUGCAGCCUCAGGCCCACAAGUCUUGCAGAAACAGUCCAUUGUGACCUACAGCCUGUGGACGCCGAGGUGACAUAUAUUACGAGUCAAGUUUCUAAGGGCUGCGUGGCUCAGGUCCCCAAUGCCACCCUUGAAGUUCACAUUCUCUUCCUGGAAUCCUCAAGGGAGGUGUCAGAGCUGGAGCUGACUAUCCAGAAGUCCAAGCAAAAUGACAGUCGGCCCCGAGAGGUGCUUCUGGUCCUCAGUGCGAACAAGAACAUGCUCCUGCGGUUACAGGCCCCAGGAAUCCCACUCAACCUGGCCUUCAACCCCAAACUGAUCUUCCAAGGGCACCCAGGAGUCAACACGACACAGCUGCCACCCUUCACCACCCAGAAGCAGUUCCUCGACUGGGCAGAAGCGAAGGGCCCCAUUGCAUCUAUUGCUGAGCUGAACGACCCUCAAAGCAUCCUCCUCCGUCUGGACCAAGCCCAGAGGGUACCAUCCUCCUGCAAUCCGGAACCCCUCACGGACAUGGGCCACACUCUCGAAUGGAGCCCGCUCACUCGCGCCUCUGUCCGGGGCUGCCGUUUGGAAGGUGUGCCUGGCCACAAGGAAGCGCACAUCGUGAGGGUCCUGCCGGGCACCGAAGCCGGGCCCCGGACAGUGACCGUCAAGGUGGAGCUGCGUUGUGCUUCAGGGGAUCCCGACGCUGUGCUUAUCCUGCAAGGUCCAUCCUACGUGUCCUGGCUCAUCGACGCCAACCACAACAUGCAGAUCUGGACCACUGGUGAAUACUCCUUCAAGAUAUUUCCAGAGAAGAACAUCCGUGGCUUUGUGCUCCCGGAUACACCCCAAGGCCUGCUGGGGGAGGCCCGGAGACUCAACGCCAGCAUGGUAGCAUCCUUUGUGGAGCUCCCUCUGGCCAGUGUCGUCUCACUGCAGGCCCACAGCUGCGGUGGUGGGCCGCAGACCUCUCCCCCACCCGUCCGGACCACCCCUCCCAAGGAAAGCUGCAACCAGGAGCUGCUCCUGUCCCUGAUCCAGCCUAACUGCUCCAAAGAUGUCAUGACUGUGGUGCUCAAGAAAGAUCUCAUCUCGACUCUGAGGUGCACCAUCACAAGCCUGACCUUCUCGGACCCCAGCUGCCAGGCUGAGGACAGAGAUGACCAGUUUGUCUUGCGCAGCACCUACUCCAACUGUGGCAUGAAAGUGACAGAAAAUGUGGUCAGGAAUGAGGUGGUCGUCAACCUCUUGUCAAGCUCAUCAUCACAGUGGAAGAAGGUGCACUGCAUCAACAUGGAGAGCCUCUCCUUCCAGCUGGGCCUGUACCUCAGCCCACACUUCCUCCAGGUCUCCCACACCAUCGAGCUGGGGCAACAGGGCUUUGUGCAGGUGAGCAUGUCCCCAUCAAUCCCGGAGCUCAUGCUCCAGCUGGACAGCUGCCACCUGGAUUUGGGGCCUGACACGGACACCGUGGAACUCAUCCAGAGCCAGACCACCAAGGGCAGCUGUGUAAGCCUGCUGUCCCCAGGCCCUGGUGGGGAUGUGCGCUUCAGCUUCCUCCUCCGUGGCUACAUGGUGCCCACACCCACGACUGGCACCCUCAGCUGCACCAUAGCCUUGCGUUCGAGGAGUUUGUCCCCGGACACCCACAGGACUGUCUCCACGCGUCUGAACAUCGUCAGCCCUGGCCUGCCUGACAAAGGCCUUGUCCUGCCCGCCGUGCUGGGCAUCACCUUUGGCGCCUUCCUCAUUGGGGCCCUGCUCACCGCCGCACUCUGGUACAUCUACUCGCACACGCGUCCCCCUGGCAAGCGGGAGCCCGUGGUGGCAGUGGCUGCCCCGGCCUCCUCAGAGAGCAGUAGCACCAACCACAGCAUCGGGAGCACCCAGAGCACCCCCUGCUCCACCAGCAGCAUGGCGUAGCACCCGGCCCGGAGACCUGGGGGCCCCCCAGCCAGCGCUCGCCCAGCAGGAGAGACUGAGCAGCCACCAGCUGGGAACCACUGGCCAUGAACUUAUCCCGGGACCCCAACCCCUCCACUCGACCAAGGAUGGACCAUGCCCUCUGCGCCCACCCCUCCUGCCUCCCUCUCAGAGGCCUGCUGCCAGCGGAGGCACCAGCUUGGAACACCUUGGGGUCCCCCGACCCCACCCCACCGAACCUUCAAACCCAGUGGGCCCGGACUACAGCUGCCCAGGACCAUGGAGAGAGAGACCACUGCCCUAUAAGUCCACACUGUUGUAGAAACCGAGUCCCUGUAGUUUUCACCUGGAUCCAGCACCUGGUGACCUGGGCUAGGUGGGAGGGAAGAACUCAAAACAGACUCACCCAGGCCUCCUGCACAGAAACAGAAGAGGGCCAGCCCACAGCCACCUGGAUCUGCUCCCAGCGGCCUCCACACCUGGCCUGACACUACUCUGGCAAGGGAAACAGAAGCCUAGGGGUGCCCAACCUAGGCAGAGGGGAACCUAGCUCCUCCCGCAACUGUCACAUGGAGACCUCCCCCCACCGCCACACACACACACACCCCGAGGCAGGCAUCUGAUGGGAAGUGGCCCUACUGUCUGGCCUGGACCCACCCCUAUAUACUCACCACCAAUAAAUUAGACCAUGAAAUCCAGGCUGGGCUGGGCAGGGACAAGGGGCAGGAAGCCUAAAAUGGGUGGGGAAGUGACAGCUCUGGGGUCAAAUCCUGAAUCUGCCACUGAAUUGGCUAUGUGACUGUGGCCAGGUUCCGUGGUUUGUUUGAGCCAGCCACAGUUCCCUCAUCUGUCACAAGGUCUCUGGGGGGAGGUCUGCAAAUCCGUGUCUGGCCUGUGGCCAACGGACCUGAGUCCAGUGUUCUGGCUGCAGACAGACCCCUGGAGGCUCAGGGGCCGGGGGGGGGGGGGGGGGGGGGGGGGGGGGGGGGGCGGCGGCUUGUCCCAGGCCCUACAGCCUGGGUUCCUCCCCUGUCCAGUUCCUGGACCAGCUGCAGCCCUCAUGCCCCUACUGUGUGCUAACGGAGCUAGAGAUUGAGUCGCUCAAACAUUCUGCCAUUUCCUUUUUUUUAAAAAAGUUAAAGGCUUUAA